AUGCAUGCCAAUACUUUAACAAAGUUUUCCCUAAUCCUGUUUCUGUGCGUUCUAAACGUCGGAUGCUCAGGUAAUUUUGCUUUAUAACCUGAAAGUUAUUUCCAACCAAACAAGUUUGUUUGCCUUAGCAAAUAUUUUGGAAGUUGUAUUGAUAUGUAAAUUUGCUUUGCGUCUUUACCUUGACUUUGCAUUUUUAAUUUAUAUCAAUAUAAGUGAAAAUUAUUUCCGAUUUCAGACGUUAUUUUUCAGGUCCAGCAAAGCGGGCCGUCUGCUUUUGACGUGCGUUGGAUUUCAAAACUUUCUAAUGACUCAACUAAACAAUUUCGUGUCACUGUGCAAGGUGUUCUUGAUGAACAUUGCAAGAAACCUGUUGUUAAAGGACUUUCUACGUGCAAAAUCAGUGACAAAUACCCGAAUACAAGGUAUACCUGUUGGCUGCUGAUUUGUCCUCUGAAUGCUAUGAGCCCCACUGACUGUUCCGAUGCGUCCAAAUCAAUAUCCGUUUAUACGCUGCCCGAAGGUGAGACGUCUGCUUUUAUAUCACACUAUGAAUAUCAGACAGAAUAUAUGGUUUUAACAUAUAUGUUCGGACCAAGUAUUGUGCCGCGUGAAUGAUACAUAUGUAUCGCACAUACAUAUGUAUUUGCGAUUUGAACGGAACAUAGAGGUUUAUUAAAGCCACCUGACGUCAUACAGUUAGAGUGUCAACAGUUAGCAUCAGGCCCUCUUUAUAUCGGUUUUUGUAAACCGAUGAAUUCUUAGGCCUUUUGUAAAAUGUGAACGGUGGGCUAUAGCCAGGAAAUAAGGUAGUAGUAGGUUUAUUUUCGCUCUCUAUUUCUCUCUCUCUUUCUCCAUAAAUGUAUAUAAAGACCAAGAGAAUAAACUUACAACACCCUUAUCUAUAUGAAAUUUGACAAGAAGUUUGAGCUCGUAAGACUCAAAACCCUCGAUUAUCUUUGUGCGUUUCUUGCGUUUCUAUAACUUAUUGGAGACAGUUCACUCCAUGUUACGAUAUCAGGUUAUAAUAAAAAAACAUGAUAAAAGCUUAAAAUAUUUCGGAAACAGGCCUGUGAUUGUAUACGUGGAGUGCAUUAUAUGAUUUAAAAUGCCACCAAUGUGACGUCAAAAUGAUUAAACUAUUUGGAGAUAAUGGCUUUUCUUUCUAACUUCUAGCUCCAGCUGUUUUAACAGCUAAAGCUCUCGACAACGAAACGAUCAAAUUAAGCUGGCAAAUCCCACCGCAAAAUACGAACGGACUCCAGACAUAUGCACUUUUACAGGGAGAAGACUCUCCACCACCAUCCGUUCAAGUUACGCAAAUCGGGAAUGACAGUGCGACCUUCACAAACCUAAGGGCAUUAACUGAGUACAAUGCAACUUUGUCCCUUUACAGCACGCUCAGUAGUAGCAGUUCUUCAGUGGGUGAGGCGAUAAGUGUUGUGACCUUUCCAAACGGUAAGAUUUCCAAUGGUUUAGUUGUUUUUAAUUAAGAGAGCAAAGAUUAUGCAUUAACUUGACGCCGACAAAUGCUCAUGCUUCACAUCUGCAUGAGAGCUCGUGUGCAAGCACACGCGUCGGUCAAGUCUUUCAUAAAGUUGGAAUUCACGCUUUUGCAUGUACAAAUACAAUACGAUAUCUUACAACAGAAUUUGUGAAAAAGUAACUGAUUGACAUAUAUCCUUACGAAGGGCGAAACAUAAUAUUUAUCUUUUUUUGCGGUUGGGAAUUAAAAUCCGCCUUUUGUCUCGUUUUUAGUCAGACACACUACUAAACGUUGCUGUUAAAAUAGACCAUGUAGCCUCCUGUCAGCAGAAAGACAGUGGCAGUUAGCCUCGUAAAAUUGAAAAAAUUUAGCAAAAGCAUAAAUUUAAUAAAUAAAUCUUAUUCGGUUCCAUGCAAUCAUGUCAGUGAUUAUACGCAGCCGUGCAUGCUGUUUAAAUAGCUCGUACCAGAUACUAUUACUUCCUCUAUGUCUUCAAGUGUCUUUAAACGUUUCUUCCAUAAAGUUUGUCAUUAUCAUGUUUUGACUAUUUUCUAGUUUGAGUGUAUGUAUUAUUUUUGUAAAAACAAUAAUUUCCAGACCUACAGUUCACACAACGUUUCAGAGGGACAAUGAAGCAAUAGUCAAGAUUAGGAUUUGGGAUAUACUUCAGAGAAUUGAGUUUCAAUAUCUUUUUGUGUUUCAUAUCCUAGUAUACUUCAGUCCUGGGCACCAUGGUGGUUGAAUAUUGACGUUCCAUAUGUAGUCAGAGACAUUUUCAUUAACAAGACUUCUCAUCAACCAUUGGAAAUUAAUUUAUCUGGAGAUUCUCUUGAUGAAUCAUGCUUUUAAUCUUGAUAUUUCUAGUCAUCACAUUUGGCCAUGUAAAUUAUACCAUUCUAUUGAGCAUACUCAUGUCGCAAGAAAAAUCUGUAUAAAACCUUAAACGCCAAGUUUAUGCGGACCCGAAACAUUGUUUUUCUAAUACCAUCCUAUUGAGUCAUCAUAUAUGAAUUACAUCUCAUGAAUGUUCUAUUGUCCCCGUAAACUUUUCCAUCCCUAACCUUCCAAACAACGAUAUCAGCGGGAUUGGUGUUUCUUUUACUAGCCCCGUCAGGUAUUUCGAUACUUGGAGUUGGCGCAACUUGGAUUAAGGCACUUGUCGAGCCUGCACCUGGCAGCGAAAACUUCCCUCUCAGUUACACUAUCCGUGCUGUUCGUUCGUCCAAAACUUCUGAGGAAUGUGUUGCUCAAAUAUUUCCUGAAGGUGCAAUUUGUACACUUGAGGGAUUGCAAAGCGGAGCAACAUACUCCCUUACAGCGAAAGCAUGCCACGGCAGCGACUGCAGCAUUGCCUCCUCUCGAGUAAUCCAGAGAACCGAGGCCACGAGUAAGCAUUUGCAACUGGCAGAUUUGGGGUUCUAGGGAAAUAGGACAAUGCACAUAUAUUUCCUUACUGCUCGGAAGUAUAAUGUAACAUUUUAAUCAUAUAAUACAGGAACAAGGAUUUUACUUAGAAGUGGUUUAGAGUUACGUACACGGGCGUAUGUCAAGUGUGCACAAUUGGAUAAAGGGUUUUAAUCUAGUCUGUAAAAUUUUGUGGUUUCAAUUUCUUCAAAUCUGGAGUCUGUAUCUUAAUCUUGGCUAUACAAAGAGAAAAGUGCUUUUUUUAAACACGCAUGGUAGACCCCAAGUAUCCGAUGAUAUUUUUAGUGGCCAACAAUUGUAAUCGCAUCGUGUAUCACGUAAGUCUCGAGGAAAGUAAAAAUAUUUAUCACAUAUGUGGAACGAAUAUCAACCUUAUUACAUACGACACAGCAAAAACUAUUAGUUGUUGCUAGUGUUCUUUAUUUCGACUAAAAGUAAUCAAGGGCAUGUUCUGGCAAAUCAAUACCAAUCUACGUAAUUCGUUUUCAGAAUCAAACGGUCUUAACCUUGCUGGCAUUAUUGGCAUCGUCAUCGGCGCUGCUCUAG